CGCAGCAUCACAACAGACGAAAUCCCAAGGUGAUGAUGCUUGAGUUGUCUGCUGCUUGACAGAAGUUUGCUUCCGAUAUUCGAUUCGAAAACGCAGCGUCUCAUCCAGUUCUGCCUUAAUUACGUUAAAUACGUUAACAUUGAUCAUCAUAUUUUGAAUUAAACCAACUUAACUAUUUAUUAAUGGCUACCGAUCCCCAAGUUGUAAUAGACAAAUCUUUGCGAUCCGUCUUUGUGGGAAACAUUCCUUAUGAUGUCACAGAAGAGAAACUCAAAGAUAUUUUCAGUGAAGCUGGGCCAGUAGUUUCAUUCAAGAUUGUUUAUGAUCGUGAAACUGGAAAGCCCAAAGGAUAUGGAUUCUGUGAGUAUCGUGAUCAGGAGACAGCUCUUUGUGCAAUGAGAAACCUUAAUGGUUAUGAAAUAGCUGGAAGGACAUUGAGAGUUGAUAAUGCUUGCACAGAAAAAUCGCGGCUUGAAAUGCAAAGUCUAAUGCAGGAAAAAACAACAGAGAGCCCCUAUGGUGAUGCUGUUGACCCAACUCAAGCACCUGAAAUGAUUUCAAAGGCUGUGUCAUCUCUUCCACCUGAGCAGAUGUUUGAGCUGAUGCAACAGAUGAAACAGUGCAUGCAAAAUAACCCCAAUGAAGCCCGCCAGAUGCUUUUGCAGAACCCGCAACUUGCCUAUGCCCUACUCCAAGCCUUGGUCGUCAUACGCGUAGUUGACCCCAGCACUGCACUUAGCAUGCUGCAGAAGGGUCCGGGCCAGACCGACGUGGGAAUGGGAGGACAGCACUUUGCCAAAACAUCCAACUUUCCAAUGCCAAGUCAAGAUUUGGAUUUACGUCAUGCUGAUCCUCGAAUGGUACGAGGCGACCACGAUUUGCGAGUACCACCGGCCGCUCCCAUGGCUGUAGGAGGAAUAGGACUGCCACCAACGAUGCAGCAACAGCCGCCCGCAAGGCCUGCACAGACUAUGCCUGAGAUGGAUUCGAGGCGUGACCCGCGUUCCAGUGGUCCAACCGGUCCACGCGACCCACGAGCAGGGAUGAGCAGGCCGGGUCCCGGUGUACCUCCUAUUCCAGCAUCUCAGCCAAACGUUCCUCCACCUGUUUUACCUAGCGGGGGAGGUGGACUUAAUGUGCCAGUUGCUGCUGCUCCUACAGCAGGAGCUAUUGGACGUGCACUGGGGCCAGGAACUUCAGAUCAAGAAAAAGCUGCUCUGAUUAUGCAAGUCCUUCAACUGUCUGAUGAGCAAAUCGCUCUACUUCCACCAGAGCAGCGCCAGAGCAUUAUGGUUCUUAAGGAUCAAAUUGCUAGAAGCAAUCGUUAACAGUUCCAAUAUGAUUUGUGUUGACACAGAAUCGAAGGAUUAAAUAAAUUGCAGCAAAUUUUCGGUUGCAAAAUGGAA